GGAAAUCGUUUCCCGUAUACUUCCGCGCGUAAUAAUGACGUAAUUCAACGCUGUUUGGUUGGUGGUGUGUGUGGUGUUCUGGAGGCCUACCGUGGACAUCAGAGGAUCUCAUGGACGAAGGACUAUUUUCCAGGACUUGAGGUGCGGGCGUUGUGGUUGGUCUCUAGCUCCUCCUCCACAAGGCUGUCUUGGAGUGAAGGCUGUUCAGGAGUUGUCGGAGGACCACUCUCCCAUUCCACAUCACUCUCAUCACUCUUUCCUCUGAGCUCUCUGUUAUUUAUAGGCAUUGCUAGCUAUGUUUCUAUCUACACUGUGUUUUUACAAAAAUUCAUAUGUAGAGCGAAGUACUUCGUCAGGAACUCAGCUAGGCCCUCCUGAUCGCCUUGCGAGAGCGCUAGCUCGUGUAGCGCUACCGCUACGGUCUCUGGUCGCAGUAUCAGCUGGUGAAGCCAUGUUGUUUGUCUGGAGAGUUUCCUUGGUAACCCGUAAUUGUUGGUAAACGCGCUCCGCACAUUUAUCGUUUUACGCGCACCGUGCACGAAUUCUGGGCUGGACCUCGCGUCUUUGUGAGGACGCUGUGAGCGGCAGGAGCGGCGCACGAACAUCGCUCCAGCGCGAAAAGGUAG